UGGGGAGAGUCGAGAGAGCGACUCGAGAUGAUGAAAUAAACUUUUUCCCAAAUUGAUUUUGAUUCUGUAACCCUAGGUUUUUAAUAAUUGGACACCUUAUUUCCAUAAAGCCCAAUCCCAAUAAAAUCACUUUUUAAAUGGUUUCCCAAAUUUUAUCCAUUUAUAACCCAUGGGAAAAACAGGUUUAUCCAUAUUAAGCAAAUUUAAAUAUGGACGUGGACGACCGGGGGACACCUAUAUAUUUAGCUAUAAUUUAUAAAUUUUUAGGUUUAGAGUUAGAUAUAAGAGAAAAAUUAUUCUCAGUAAUUUUUCAACAAAUUGAUGAUGAAUGUUAUAUUUGAGUAUAUUUUCUGAUACUCAAACUCCGACUAAGUAUUCGUCGUCGGUAAUACUUCGGAGUACGUCGAUUCCGACAACUUUGCAAGGUCUUUUGCCGUCGGCUUUCAUAAUUAUUAUUCUAGUGAUUUAAAACAAGAGGUUCUAGGCUUGUCGGCUGGGGUGAUUUGAGGAUGAUUGUUGCCCUGGUUUGGAUUAUAGGGUUUUUUUCGAAACUGGGUAAAUUCAGAUUUCAAUUUAGUUUAAUCUCGGUUUUAUUUUAUCCGAUCAUUUUAAUCAGUAAACCAAGCUCGAUUUGAAAUGAUUAAUAUACUAUUUUAAUUGAAAAAAAAAUUAGAUAUGAUAAUAGAUAUAUAUAUUUGAUAAUAGUGAGGAUCCCAAAAGUCUUUUAAGCACAAGACUAAUCCCACGAAACUUUGCAUCUGGGUAUAUUAAAUUCCAUCGGUAAGGAGGCUACAUAGUGGCCAAUGCUAAUCGAAUCAAGGACGAAAGCUUCAGCUGAAAUCCUUUUACCAUUAAGACAAGGCGACUUGGUUAUGAUUAUAGAUAUAUACAUAAAUCCACAUCCUUUAUAUAUUUAUUAAUAAAAGAACACUAAAAUAAGAGUAACCUUUGUUUUGUAAGUAAUUACAAAAAAAAACAACUGAGGUGUCACUCUAUUGAGCACUCUCAAGUAACCUUUGUUUUGUCAUUGAAUUCUAUAGGACAGCCCAAUUAAUAUAGCGUGUAUAUUAUAUUUUGCUUAUGACAUAAAAGUAAUAAUAACAUAAAUGUAAAGCUUUUUUAGUGAUAAAUUCCUUCAAUUAAAGAUUUUUCGUAAAAAAUCCCAACUUGUUAUCUUAUAAUUUAACCCCUCAAGUUCUAUUUCGUUAGAUUUUGUUACCCUCCGUCUAUUGUUCCGUUAUUUAUGGACAUAUAUCGUUUACGCAUUUUAGCGAUAAAUCCCCCCAUAGGGGAGACUAUUGAAAUUGUGUUGGUUGAUACCAGUGUGAGUACCAUAUAUAUAGUUUCUUAAUUAUAUUAUUUUAAUAUGUUUGUUCUUAUUUAACGUAUUGAAAUUCAUAUUGUUUUAUACAAUUGUGUUGAGGAUGAUAAUAUUUAUGCGACCCUUAUAAAUAUAUUAAUUUGUCUUAAUUUGAUUUAUUCUUGAGGAAGGGUACUCCAAAAUUAUGGUUAACUUUUACUCACUCAUGUUGAGUAGAAUUUAAUUAAACAUUUUUAUCGUGCGCCUCAAGUUAGUAUAUAAAUAAACCCGCAGAUAUAUCUUCUAACAGCCUCUCAAGUUGGACCGUCAUCCAAGUAGUGAAGACAUCUGCUACUACUUGCAACAAUAAUUUAUAUGCUUAGGGCCCCUAGAUAUUGGGCCUCUUUCGAGGUUAAGAACUAAGAAGCAAGUGUCGGCCACGAAUUCUAAUUAUUCCAACUUUUAUUAUAUGUAAAGCAGAAAAGAAAGUUGACACAGUGGCCGUAUUGAAAGAGUAACAACGAAUAAAUAUUUCAACUCGGCGCUGGUACGUUAACGCCUUAACGAAGACUCUAUAUAUGAACAUGAGGAUGACUUGAAUGGUCAUUGAAUUGGUCAAUGAGAUAUAUUCUUGGAUUCAUUCUGUGGAGGAAGUAAGCUGGGACGCGCUAGUAGAUGAAUCCUCGACCAAAACCAAAUCUCUCAUUUCAUAACAAUUAUAAUGAAAAAAAUUGCUACGAUUUUCCUCUUUAUUUCCCUUCUUUUUGAAACUCUCAACGGAGUUAAAGCUGGCUUCCUCUGUAUAAAUGGCACCUUACUCGCCAACAGUAGCUAUGGCCAAAACCGCAACUCUGUCUUCUCCUCUCUUGCUUCUCAAGUCAUCACCAACCGUGGAUUCUACAACGCCUCACUCAAUAGCGUUCACGCCGUUGCCUUAUGCCGAAGAGGAUACGAGCGGCAAGCUUGUAUCAACUGCGUGGAAAAAGCGAUUCAACUGAUAAAAAAUAUCUGUUCUAAUGGCGUUGAAUCGUUCAAUUGGAACGGUGACGAUGCGGACCACGUAUCUUGUCUUGUACGUACAACAAACCACUCAACUUUUCAGAAACUCGAUCUUGGACCAGCUACGCUUGACGAAAGUCCUCUCAAUAUCGGCUCAUCCGCCAAGAACAUGACCCUAUUCCGCCAAGAAUGGGAAGCAACCGUUAACCGAACACUUGAGGCUGCAACCGUCAACACUUCUGCAUCGGUUCUCAAGUAUUAUGGAGUAGCCAAUGCAGAGUUUGUCGAGUUUCCAAAUGUUUACAUGAUGAUGCAAUGCACACCGGACAUAACUUCAGGCGAGUGUAAGAGUUGUCUGGAAGAGUGCGUUACCUAUUUUAGAGAUGUGUCUUGGGGAAAACAAGGAGGUACAGUUGGUCGACCGAGCUGUCUUUUCCGGUGGGAUCUUUACCCUUUUUACGGUGCUUUUGCUAAUAUAACAAGAGUUCCUGCCCCUCCUGGACCUUUGAUUCCACAAGCACAUGCAAUAUCUGUUACUAGCUUGAAAGGAAAAAUUAUUGCGAUAGUUGUGGUUCCUACAGUCAUUAAUCUUUUUGUGCUUCUUGGUCUGAUAAGAGCUUAUCGUCAGAUAAAAAAAUCAAAAGAGGAAACCAGUGUCUGGACAGGGGAGGACUGUAUUUCCGAUAGUCAGUUUAUGCUGAGGUUCGAUCUUAGCAUGGUCCUACUCGCAACCGGUGACUUCUCCCCUGAAACUAAGAUUGGCCAAGGUGGAUUUGGAUCUGUCUACAAGGGGAUAUUACCGAGUGGGCAAGAAAUAGCUGUAAAGAGAUUAACAAGAGGCUCAGGGCAAGGAGAGAUUGAGUUCAGGAAUGAGGUCUCACUCUUGACAAGACUCCAACAUAGGAAUCUAGUUAAGCUUUUAGGUUUUUGUAGUGAAGGAGAAGAAGAUAUUCUUAUCUACGAGCAUGUCCCUAAUUCAAGUCUUGAUCACUUCAUUUUCAAUGAAGAGAAGCGUGUGCUACUAACAUGGAAUGUGAGGUACAAAAUCAUAGAAGGCGUUGCUCGAGGUCUUCUUUAUCUACACGAAGAUUCUCAGCUGAGGAUUAUCCACCGAGACUUGAAGGCGAGCAAUGUUCUUCUAGAUGCUGAGAUGAACCCUAAAGUUUCGGACUUUGGGAUGGCGAGGUUAUUUAACAUGGACCAGACUCGAGGAGUGACAAGGAGGCGCGUUGGAACCUUUGGCUAUAUGGCUCCUGAGUACAUUAAGAACGGAAGACUUUCAGCCAAAACAGACGUCUACAGUUUCGGGGUUGUGCUUUUGGAGAUGAUAACCGGUCAAAGUAACAAUAACUACUUCGAAGCCAUGGGGCUCCCCGCAUACGCCUGGAAGUGUUGGGUGGCCGGCGAGGCUGCCAGUAUCAUAGAUCCUGUCUUGAGUAGGACUCCAACAAAUGAAAUCCUGAGAUUCAUCCAUAUUGGUUUGCUGUGUGUUCAAGAGAACGUUGGAAAGAGACCGACAAUGAGUUUGGUUAUUCAGUGGCUUGGUAGUGACACUAUCGUGAUUCCUUUACCUACCACUGCUGCUUUCACCACGACCGAGUUGCAUAAAAUCGAUGCAAUGGAUCAAGCCAAAGGUGAAGCAGGAACUCUUUCAUUGAACAAGUUAUCAAUCACCGAGUUAAGUCCUCGUUGAAUUGAAGACCUCUCUGUAAACUCAUACAUCUAAGUGUGCAUUAAUUCUUGAAUUACAUUACAAGAAACAAUCUUGAAAAGUCUUCUUUCUUUGGAAAUACUCUCGUUGUUCAUGAUCAGUAAUCAAUCAAAUUAGUGUCGUAUAGUUUGGUGAUGGUAUUUAUUUUUUUAAUUUUCCAAAUUAGUGUCGUAUAUUUGAAACACUUAUCCUUUACUUAUAUGUUUUUUUUUUGCUAAUCCCUUUCCUUUAUGUUGGAGUUUAUUAAAUUUAAAUUAUUUAACUAAAUAAUACUGAGAAAAUAAACAAAAUAUAAAAUCCUAUCUAAGAUUGAUACGAAAUUUUAGCAAAAAAAAAAACAGUUGUUGGCACUUGUUUGUAAAAGAAGAUAAAAACAAACAACUUGCCAAAAGAAACUGUAAAGAAAGUUGAGGGACUUUCUUGGUUAGUCCUUCGACCCUACCAUGAAUCCUUCAACCGUUAGCCCAUCAUGAGUCAUGAUUGGUUUGUACAUUAUUAUAUUAUGUAACAAUGGACAAAAUUAAAAUCCGACGACCUUAUGUUUUCAAAGUGUGCUCUGAAUUUUCUCGUCUUGUUUAUAUAUCAAUAAAAGAAAUAUCACUGAUAUCUCAGUUCAAAAAAAAAAAAAAAAAAAAAUAUCACUGACAAAAGAAAAAAAAAGGGGGGGAUGAAGUAUCUAUGCUAUUGACACAAAAGUACAAAUAUAAAUUAACCUUUAAACUUUAAUUACGUAUAAAUAUCACUGAAAUAAUAACUACUUUUUAUUUUAGCAUUUAUUGUUUUCUUUCCAAUUGAAUACAUAAUUUUCUAAAUUGAAUACAUAAAAAUUCAAUAUAAGUUUCCAACUCAUAAUUUCUUAAAUAAAUUGAACAAUGAUUUCAGUAUAAUUAUCUAAUUUACGUAUUGCACAUAAUACUAUAAACUUUAAUGCACAUCAAUACUAUACACAAAAUAUAAUCGGUCAUUUGUCUCUUUUCUGACCAGACUUCCUCCACGUAACUCUUCUUCCUUGCCAAUAUUAACUUAUGUCAUUUUCUUAAACUUAUAUGGAUUUUGUAAAUACAUUAAAACUAGAUUAUAACCUAUGCAGAUGUGCGGGGAGAGUUUUUUUUUGUAAUAAUGUUUGCUCAUUAAAUAGUUUUAACAUUUUACAACACUACAAUUUUUAUCGAUCGUAAAAUGACAAAUAAAAAUGAUGGUCUCUUAAAUGUAUUUGUAUCAUCGUUGUUGAAGAUUUAACGUUAACAGCUCAUUUUAAUUAUUUUUAAGACUUCAUAUGCACAAAAAAAAGUUUUGUGGCUAACACGAAUCACCAAAACCAGAUAGUCAACAUCGAUUGUUAAUUGACGAAAAAGAUUAUGUUUUAUGCACUCGAUUUGUUUACUAUUGACUAUCCAUAAGUGAUUUCAUUUUCUACCUCUAUAAAAAAUUUCUUUCGUUUUCAUUUCUGUUUCAUUGAUAUGAGUUUUCUUUCUUUUUAACUUCUUUUAUGAAUUUGAUAAAUUACAUAAGUGUCAAUUUAAAAAUAUGGACAUCUGUAAAGUUAGUUCCACUUCAUAUACAUAUCUAAAAAUCUAAAUUUGAAAAAAAAUCACCGGCAAACUCUAUUCACAUAUCUAAGAAUCAAAAUGUUGAAGAAAACCAUUCCGAAAGUGUACUCAUUUUGUAAGUUUUCCCACGCGGUUAUAAUGGUAAAACUCAAUACAUGUUUUUUGUUUGGUCAUAAAGAGGUUGUUGUAAUUUCAUUAGCCUUUUGGGUUACUUUUCCAUUUAAUUGAAUUUGUGAUACACUUUAUAUGCAAAAUCAAGUUUUGAGUCAUUUUUGGUAAUUUCCUUGUUUUUAUAUCGUAGCACCAAGCUUUUCAAAAAUAUUAAUUACUAGGGUCGGCCCGCCCUACGGGCGGAAAGUUAUAAUAAAAGCUAUUUUAUAUGAUUUUAUAUAAAUUUAUGAAGCAUUUAAAAUCAUUAUAGAAAAUGGUAUUACAUACAAACAAAUAAUGAUAUACUUUAAAAUAUUUAAUUUUUUUUUUGUCAUCACUUUAAAAUAUUUAAUUUUUUUGAGUAGAAUAUCAUAACUUUCAUAAUAUUUUCACAACAAUUUUAACUUUAUUUUACUAUUUAUUUUGGAGAUUAAAUAUUUAUCUAACUAUUAUAUAAUUUAAAAUUAAAACUAUUUACUUUAUUUCAUUUUUUGUUUUAGUCUAUGGAUUAAAAAUUACAGUCAAUUGGAUUCAGUAGAGUUAUAAAUAAUAAGUGAACUACAGUUAUUUUCUAUUUCAUUUAUAUGUUUGUUUCAUGAAUUAAAUUAUUUUUAUUUUUAAAGAUAUAUUUUCUUAAAAUUAAUGCUUUACACAUGAAAAAUAAAUAACUUAUUCAUUAAUAUUUUAAAAUCUAUCUAAUUACAUUGGAGCGCUCACGUUUAUUUUGUGUAAUGAUUUUUUUGAUGGCCUUCCAACUUUAAUCUCUCAUUGUCUUAUUUUACAUCCAUUCAGUCUUGUUCAAGUAGAUUCUCCGGACUGCUAACGUUUCCCUACAUAACAUGAGAAUAUCGUAUAGACAAAUGGCAUUGAUAUAAAAACUUUGUGUUGAUGUUUGAAAGUGAUGCAUCCUUAAGUCGACACUAUUUUUAUGGUAAUAUUCUUGUAUUUUUUUUCACAUACUGAGCUUCUGCUUUCCGAGUGGAAAGGCAUCUCGUCAUUAGAUCAAUGUAGCUGAUUAAUGGUCCUCAUGGAUGGUCUGUAACGAAUAGAUACAUAUGUUCUUGUAGACCUAGGGAUCCAGAGCGGCUUUGGAUAAAAUCAAUAAUGAUUGCAUGACAUUUCCAACAUUGAUCUUUGAAAAUUAACCAUAUUUAUAAUCUAUGGAAUAAAUUCAGGAUUUUUCUUCAAAAAUAAAUAAGUUGAGGGUUUUAUUAAUUUUUUAAUUCUUUUUUAGAAGAAAUUAUCUCACACAUGUUUGUCUCACCCAACAAUAAUGACCAAGUGUUUUGAUUUUGACCCAUUUAAUGUGUGUUUGAAACCACUUGUAAAGCUCAUUCAGGAUUUUUUAAAAUAAUAACAAUUUCUGGAGAACUAAUGAUCAUAUAUGCAUGUAUCUUAUACUUAGAGCUUCUACAUACCAGUUUUAUCUAAAUUCUAAAGUAAAGAUAAUGAGCAUGUACUUUUACAAAAAAAAAAAAAUAUUGAGCAUGUUAGUGACAAACUAAAUGCCAUAAUUAAUCUGAAGCCCAUAUCCAUACUCAUAAGUCAUAACCAUUAUAACACGUGGAAGAUCAUGGCAUGAUCAACAUCAAGCAAGUGGCCUUUGAUUAGAUGAAUUCCCACUGAUGCAGAGAGCACCGUGCUCAGCCGUAAGCUUCACCAGCAAUCAUUUUGAGAGCUUAGUCAUUGCCGAUAUUUGCCCAAAUCACCUCCUUUUUUCUUGGUGAUACAAUCUCUCCGCCGGUAAAGAAUCAGAGCAUAAUCCAAUAAGCAUCUCAGUGAGUUUUUUUUUGUGCAGCACUAAUUUGUAAUCUCUUUCUUCAAUAAGUAUAACAUGAAUCACUGACGCCUCAAAUCUGAAAAAACAGAGAACACUCUAAUCAACGGAGAGCGGACUCUUUGUAGGGGGAACACCGAGAGUACUGAAUCCGACCAGAUGAUUAGAAGAAAUCGAAUAACAACAAUGAUUGAGAAGAAGAAAGCGAUGAAUCUCAGGGAAAGGAACUCCCAUAUUUAUAGUAGUAGAUUCGUAAGGAGGUGGUGUAUUGAUUGAGACGUGGUGGUAGUAGUGGGUCGGUGGCGUUUAUGAGGAGGUUAAUGGAGCAUUAAUAGCGGUGAUUGAAUGCAAGCGUUUUACGUAACGGUGCGGAUCUCCAGAGCCGCUGGGAAGCACAUCGUUCGUCACAACGGCGUCUUCGCUUUCCAAAGAAUCGUUUGGAAAGAGGGUCGGUGGACGUGAGAAAUCAUUAUGGGCUUAGGUUUGUGAAAUUAUGGAAGCCCAACUAGUAAGCAACUUAAUCUAUAACUUUUCUA